AUGAAGCUUAACAUAGCGUUUCCGUCCAAUGGGACUCAAAAGUGUAUUGAGGUCGAUGAAGAACUUAAACUUCGCCCAUUUUAUGAUAAACGAUACAUAAUGCGCAUAACUGGUGGAAAUGAUAAACAGGGUUUCCCUAUGAAGCAAGGAGUUUUAACUAAUGGCCGUGUCAAAUUGCUGUUGAGCAAAGGAAGUUCAUGCUAUCGUCCUAGACGUAAAGGAGAACGACGACGCAAGAGCGUACGUGGUUGUAUAGUUGAUAGAGAAAACGAUAUCCCUGGCUUGACUGACGUCAGUAUCCCUCGACGCCUUGGGCCUAAGAGAGCUUCAAAAAUUAGGAAAUUGUUUAAUCUGUCGAAGAAGGAUAAUGUUUGUCAGUUCGUUGUGCGGAAGCCUGUCCCAGCUAAAGAAGGAAAGAAAGAGCGUUCCAAAGCUCCGAAGAUUCAGCGUUUAACAACACCUCUGAGAUUACAGCGUAGACGCCGAAGGCAUGCACUGAAGCGUCAGCGCAUAGAAACUCGCAGAAAGACACAAGAAGAAUACGCCAAAUUGCUUGCUCAGCGCCGAAAACAGGCUCGCGAUGAGCGUGCAGAACGCAAGCGGUCGCGAAGUCACUCCUUACGUGAAUCUAAAGGACAAACAGAUAAAAGUGCAUCAUAA